ACUCUCCUAGGAAGUUUCGAGAACGGGUACAGUACGAGCAGUAAUAUUGGUGAGAGUUCUAUACGCUUACAACCGUUCGUCAAAUAGUAUUACGUGGAGUGAGACGAGCGUUAACAGCACACGAAUAUUUUGCACGAAUAGCUUUCUUUCUGCUAGUACAGCAGGAGCAAUAUAAUUACAAUUGAAGAUCGUCCAAAGAAAAUAAAUCAAUAAAAAUGGUAAAAGAAACUACGUUUUAUGAUGUUUUGGGUGUGAAACCUGGAUGCACACAGGAAGAUUUGAAAAAAGCUUACAGAAAACUUGCCUUAAAGUAUCACCCUGAUAAAAAUCCUAAUGAAGGAGAAAAAUUCAAACAAAUCUCACAAGCGUAUGAAGUAUUGUCGAAUCCGGAAAAGAAGAGAAUUUAUGAUCAAGGCGGGGAACAAGCUUUAAAAGAAGGUGGUGGAGGAGGCAAUGUGUUCUCUUCACCAAUGGAUAUCUUUGAUAUGUUCUUUGGUGGAGGUUUUGGUGGAAGGGGUCGUAGGAGAGAACGCAAGGGUCAAGAUGUUAUACAUCACUUAUCCGUUUCGCUAGAAGAAUUGUAUAAAGGAACCGUACGCAAGUUAGCUUUACAGAAAAAUGUCAUUUGUGAUAAGUGCGAAGGUAUUGGUGGGAAGAAAGGUUCUGUGGAACAAUGUACAACAUGUCAUGGUUCUGGUAUGCAAGUUCAAAUACAGCAAUUAGGACCUGGAAUGCUACAGCAUCUGCAAAGUAUAUGUGUAGACUGUAAAGGUCAAGGAGACCGCAUUAAUCCACGUGAUCGCUGCAAACAAUGUGGCGGCAGAAAAACCAUUAGAGAUAGGAAGAUUUUGGAAGUUCAUGUCGACCCAGGUAUGGUACAUAACCAGAGGAUUGUUUUUGCUGGAGAAGGUGAUCAAGAACCAGAUUACGAGCCAGGCGAUAUUAUGAUUGUUCUUGAAGAGAAAGAACACGAAAUUUUCAAGCGUUCGCGUCACGAUUUAAUUAUGAGGAUGCAAUUGGAGCUUGUAGAAGCUCUUUGUGGGUUCCAGAAAGUAAUUCGUACUUUAGACGGGAGAGACUUAGUAAUAACUUCGUAUCCUGGAUCUGUUGUAAAACAUGGAGACUUAAAGUGCAUUCUGAAUGAGGGAAUGCCGAUUUACAAAGAUCCUUUCACACACGGCAGGCUUAUAAUUCAAUUUGUAGUGAAUUUCCCGAAAUCUACAGACCCGUCUGUCAUUUCAACGCUCGAACAAUGUUUACCACCAAGAGAAGAGGUUAUAAUUCCAGAGGGAGCAGAAGAUUGUUCUCUUAUGGACUUGGAUCCAGAUCAAGAAGUGAAGCGAAGAGAACAACGACAAGCGUAUGAGGAAGACGAAGGAGGUUCUUCCGGAGUUCAAUGUGCCACGAAUUAAUUCAAUUACAUCAGUCUCACAAUAAAUAUGAUCAUUCUUUCAUUUUAAACUUUUGUCCCAUUCGCUCGAUUCUGAAUCAUAUGUAUUAACAGAAGGACGAAAAAAUGCGGACACAUAACAGUUUUUCAAGACAGAUGACAAAACCUGAGAAAAAUGUUUAGAUAAGUGCACGACUGUGAAACUUACACCUGCAGAAUCACUAUUGAUUCUGGUAUAAAGAUCACAUACACAAAUACUGAAUUGUAUAGAGGAGACCUCUAAACGCUGUUGAUGGUACAUUUAUUAUCACUUCUGAAUUAAACUAUAAAUUCUGGUGAAAGCUGGUAAACUGGUUUACAAAUUACUUCAUCGCUUGCUGUAGAAAAGUAUUUAAAGAGAUGUACUUAUCAGUAAGCAGAGUGAUAAGGAAAAUUGAAUUUAUUCAACAUCUAAUGUGACGACGUGUAACGUUAAUAAUGAAAGCAAAACAUAAUCAAGUCCAUCGUAUAACGCUGAACGUUCUGAUUACUUUCUGCUAUUUGUGAAUAUCUUUUUGUUUAAGUUCUCGACUUUCAUCGAUACGCGCAUACUGCGAAUACGAGAAGUAAAGUUAGACAGUCGAACAAAAUUAGUAACUAUACCUGUAUUCGCAUAUUCCUUGAAAUUCUUUAAAUUAUUAGUAUUUUAUUACAAUACAAGCUUCUGGAAUUUAAAUCGAUGUCUACAUUAGUAAUAUGACGAUCGUGAAAAUAGUAUGAAAUAUCGAUGAACACAUUUAUUAUAACAGAAAUAAAAUGUAAUCUUGAUCUAUAGACUUCAAAAUUACUUUUUUUUCAGUGGUACAUUAUUCCAUUACAUGUAGGUAGUGUUUAAUAUUUGUUUAUAGUCUCAUAUAGUGACAUAUGACGAUAUUAAAAAAAAAUCUUGUUUAUUCAAAAUACAAUUCGUGAAAAAAAUGUGGUUCCUGUGUGUGUAUAACUGGACUUAUACCUGCGCGUAUUCAUUAUCUGUUGUAAUAAAAAACAAGAUUUGUGCGUUCUAGUAUUUAUUUAUAACCAUAAUACUGGAACUGAAAGUAAAAAGUAUAAUUUCAGAAAAUGUAUUCAGUAACGUUAUAAAAAAAGUUGAUCUUUUUAAUAUCAUAAUAUAUUUCAUUAAAAUUGAAUAAUGCGCGUAAACAACUGUCCAUUUUAAUGAUCGUACGGCUGCAUUAAAUUAAACACGCCUUCAAUCUUCACAUAAUUUACUGUAUACUAGGUCAUGUACUCGCCCGCAAUUACUAUAGCGAAUUAAAAUAGACGCAUACUAUAAUCUUAUUUAUUAUAGAUAAAUUGGUGAUUGAUUAGUACGGUUUUGAAUCGUCUCAAAUAAAUUGGAAAAAGUAUAAUGUCAAGUAUGUCAAAACAAA